UAGGUUGCGGGGCGUGGUCUUCGGGGGGGAACCCCUCAGCUGGGCCAAGACAGAAAAGGCUCCGGGGUUCUAAGAGCACUGCUGGGGUCUCCACCAAAUCUCCGGCAAAGGAGAAGGAGAAAACCCCGUUAGCCCAGGUCGUGGGGGCGAUCCUUCCUGCUGCCGGAGCAGGACAAAUGCCUCCACUGCCUCAGCGAGUUCCGCCUGCCACCCAGGAUGUAGGAAUGGAGAUCAGGACUCCGUCUGUGGUGGCCUCCGAAGUACGCAUCCCGGUCAAUCCCCAGGACCUGGAGAAGAUCCUAGAGGCCUUCCGGGGAACGGUGUACGAAUCGGCGAACUACGCCGUUAGCCAUAUCUAUAAGUUCACCGAGAAGGAACUCCGGACUAUUGAGACAAUGAGCCCGGUUGACGUUAUGGACUCUUCAAUGAGCAUGACCCUAACGGGUGUCGUCGCCCUUCACCGGAGCAUAAUCAGGGCCAGAACUCAGCUCGAUGACAUGAGGACCGAGCACCAGGCCACCCUUCAGAAGGUUAAGGCGACUAAGGAUGCCCUGGCGACCUCGAAGGUCGAGUUGGAGAAGACCCAGGUCGACUUGGAGAAGACCCUCUUGAAGGUCCAGGAGCUCGAGACCUUCCUUGCCACCUCGCAGGCAGACCUCGAGGCAGCGAAGACUGAGAUCCAAGCCGCCCUGAAGGCCGAACGGACCACCUCGGAGCAGUCCAUGCAGGAUCUGUUCUAUCACUGUUGGGUCUACAAUCCGGAGGCUGACUUCUCUUUCAUGCCACCGAGUCUCUAGGCGCGCUUGCUGGUGAAGUUCCAAGCUCGCCUCGACAAAGAGGCGCCGCCUUCGGAGACUGGGAAAGCCUCUGGUGCGGCGGAGCAAGGUGAAACGACGACCUCCAAAGGGCCGACUGACGGAGCUUAGGGUGCUUUUUUUUUUUUGCCUUUGAAUAUUUUGAAGUAUUUUAUGUAACCUUUGCAUGAGGUGUUUUCACCUCGAGACAAUUUGCCUUACACUUUUAACUUAU